UCUCUCGUUUCUUCCCUCUCCCCAAAGCCAAUUCCCUUCUCCAAUGGCGAAGCUCCUUACAGUGAUUCCCCUCUUCCUCCUUAUCCUUCUCAUCCGCCGCAGCGCCGUCGCAGCUCCGCCUCCGCAUGCGUGUCAUCCGUCCGACCCAUCGACGAAGACUUUCCAGUUCUGCCGGACCGACAUUCCCAUAAGCCGCAGGGCUGGGGAUCUGGUGUCGAGACUAACCCUAGAUGAGAAGAUAUCGCAGCUGGUGAACUCGGCGGAGGCGAUUCCGAGACUCGGUAUUCCGGCGUACGAGUGGUGGUCGGAGGCUCUUCACGGCGUCGCCGACGCCGGAAAAGGAAUCCGAUUAAACGGCACUGUAUCGGCGGCGACGAGCUUUCCUCAAGUUAUCCUCACCGCCGCUUCCUUCGACUCCUAUCUGUGGUAUCGCAUAGCCAAUGUGAUUGGAAAGGAGUGGGCCUAG